AACUGCUCCAGGCUUGCCAUCGACAACUAAUUGUACUACUAAUUCAACACGAGGAACAGCUCACCAUGGCUCAGACGAAAUACCAGAACUCUCUGGCUUUCGAUCUCUCCUCGUUGAAUCCACCUUCCGAUUUCGGUCCAAGACUGGGCAAGCUAUCUCUCAACCGCCCCGACGCGAUGCUGGAAAUUCUGACGCCAGGCAUCAUCACAUCAACAUCGCGUGGUGUAGUCCCACAUCUUUCUCGGGAUAAUACUCGCGCGACUGAUGCUAUACGAUGGGUUCACGUACCUUUCGAGACAUUCUUAGAACACUCCCCUCCUGUUCCUAUCCUCCAACCAGGCCCACAUCCCCUACAUAAAUUUCUUGGAUUCCUACCAAGAAAGCACAUCGUGACGAUGUCUCUUCGGGAUCCGUUCGAUGCCCGUGAAAUGCCAUCAAACGGCAACAAUUUUGUCACCGCCUACUGCAUACGAGGCGUCCGACAGGUGGGACGGAGCGAUUGGCGCAAGUAUGUGCUGGCCUGCGACCCAGACAUCGUGAUCGCGCUCCCUGAUAUCCCCUUCACGCCUGGGCCGCACUCCCAGAAGCGAGUAAUGAAGAGCAUCGAACGGUCUACCGCAUGGCUGUCCGACCUCUUGCAGCCUAUUCCUCUCGACAGUGACGCUCGGACGGACAAAUCGGAGUCUCAUCCAGCGCCACGGCUGAAUGUCUUCGUGCACAUGGCCGGUGGUACGGCCACAACGGCUCGAGAAGCAUUUUCUCAAUCCCUCGUAGAGCCUCUUUAUGGAAACGAAACUUCGUCUAUCAGACCCUUCAAAACGUUCGAUGAAGGCGUCGCAGGAUACACCUUUGACCUCAUCCCGCUUCAUCAGUCGCUCUCCACCCCACCUCCAUCGAUAACACCCACACCCGCGCCAUCCCGUACACCUACGCCCUUCAUCGCAUCCUUGUCUCCUCUCCCCAGAAGCAAGCCUCGCAUCGUGCACUCUGCUGGCUCACCGCAUGAGAUGCUAGUCCUCAUACGAGACGUCGGGAUUGACCUUUUCGACGCGCACUGGGCGCAGCGCGCAGCUGACAUCGGGGUCGCGCUCGACUUCGUCUUCCCUACUGCUUCCUCCGCCGAGCCAGAACCCUCACAGAAAAACCUCGGACACAAUCUAUACGACACUCGCUACGCGAAAGACUUCUCUCCCUUUUCAGAUGUCCUUCGUACUUCUCGGGAUCAGGACUCCAGCGAUGUUGACGUUCUGCCAUCCUGUCCCUGCAUCGCGUGUUCUCCAACACGCCCGUUGCACCCCAUCCACCAUAGCGCGCUCGACGGCCCUACUCUUGUGACUCCAUCAUCCACUCCUCCGCCUGCCCCUUUCACCCGCGCAUACGUACACCAUCUCCUCCAUACUCACGAAAUGUCCGCGCACACCCUCCUCGCCUCACAUAACCUCUCCAUGCUCGAUAUCUUCUUCGGUGACGUGCGUCGUUUACUCGUAGAGCGCCCAGAGGAGUUCGAAGCUGAGGUCGCGAAGUUUGUGAAGCUUUACGAUGGGAGUCUCAAAGUAUUCGGGGAGGCGAAGAAGUGCUGGGCGGAGGUGGAGCUGGCUAGGGGCAAGGGGAGGCUGGCGCGGGAAAAGCAGAAACAAGAUGAGGAUACGUUGGGUACCGCAGUGGAAUUGUGAUCUAUAUACAGAGGUGAUCUCAGCCUGCCCG